CCAAUUUGAUAGCACCUUCUACUUUCUUCAAUCUUUUCAAAUGCUUUUUCACUAGUAACGCUUUCUCAUUAUUUCUUUCUUCUGCUAGUAUACAUGAAAUAAAUAUUGGUAAAACAAAUUGAAAGCCCCUAAAAUACAUAUCAAUAAUAAGCAAUAAUACUGAUGUGGAUAUACCGUCUCUACAAGAAUGAAUUACAUGUGAAAUGUGUGUCAUAAAUUGAGUGAACAUAGUGACCUUAUGAACUCCUUUAUCAUAAAUUACGAAUAAGCUGGAAAAAUCGUAAUUUUGAAAUGAACAAAACAACAUACUCAUCCUAGUUAUUCUCAAUCUUCGGAUGUAUGGGAAAAAAAUUGACGCAAAAUGUACUCGAAUAUGGUCAUGGAGGACGAUAAAUCUCCACCGCGUGGAUUAAAAUAUUUACCCGAAAAUGAACAGAAAUAUUCCGCGAAAACACUCCAUGGAAAUUGGUUUGAAAACCGUCUGAAUUAUUGUUUUCCAAAGCAGAAAAACGACAGUUUGUAUAACAUUGAUUAUGUUCCAAAAACUGUUUCUCAUGACUCACACGAGGUAUGGAAAAUCGCAACCGCUGGACAGGCGGGGGUUGAUCCAAUAGUUCACCCAAAAACUGGCUGUUAUGAUUACCCUAAUUUUUUCGAGAAUUUCACAUCAACCAGCGAUUUGUCAUACAAUCACUUCCCAAAGUUGUACAAUGACGAUGUUCAAAUAAAGAGACAUUACAGAGGAUGCUUUGAUAAAUAUUUUCCAAUGGAAGAAUACUUAGAACCCUUCCACAACCUGACGAAUUUUGGUUUAGUUGAUCACAAAAGGGAAUUGUGGUGCAAAACAGAGGCCAAUAAAAGGAAGGCAACAAAAAGUGUAUACAAAGAUUCUUUUCCACCACCACAUAAAGAUUGUUAUGAAUUUCCACGUUGGGGAAGACCCAGAGCUCUUUCAAGCAUCAUCAGUAAAACUUCAGGAACUCUUGAAGCUCUGAGGUUACGUGGUUGGAACCCAGGGUUUUUCAUCAACACUCCCAGCAAUCCGCAAUUCUUCAACAGGCCUAAAUCAUGCAAUAUAUUCACUUGGGAAUGUCCCCCAGAGCAAAAAGUAUGCGUUCCUAAGCACCAAUGGAAGAACUGUAGCAUGCAACAUAAAUUAGUAGAUUAAAUUGAAGGCAAUGUUGCUUGAUUCUUUUCAUAGAAGAAUGAAGAAUUAUUUUACCCCAUUUUCCAAACGAUCAUGAUGUAUAAGAAUCAAUGUCUACGAGAUUCAUAAAAUUUGAAAAUAU